UUGAUGCCUAAAAGUCAAAACAAUUCCCAUUACGCGUGAGGUUCUAAAUUAAUAUUUCAAAUCCACAUAAACUUAAUCAAAAUGCCGGAAAUGGAAAUAAAGAGGAAAGGAGAAGAAUAUUCUGUAGUACCAGCUAAAAAAACCCGUCAUGAAAUAUCGGUAGUUGGAACAAGAGAAAAAGCGGUUGUUACUUCUACGGUGCCAAGGACUUCAAAUCUCUACGCGCCAAUAAUGUUACUAGAAGGACAUCAAGGAGAGAUAUUCACAGCUAAAUUUCAUCCUGAAGGCAAACACUUAGCAUCUGCAGGCUUCGACAGACAAAUAUACCUAUGGAAUGUCUAUGGCCAAUGUGAUAAUAUCAUGGUAAUGAAAGGCCACACAGGCGCCAUAAUGGAGCUUUGUUUCUCCCCUGAUGGUGCCCACAUGUACACAUGUGCCACAGACAAUACAGUUGCCGUAUGGGAUGUACCAACUGGGACGAGGAUUAAAAAGUUAAAAGGACAUGCUAGUUUUGUGAACUCAGUCUCAGGAGCAAGAAGAGGUCCAGAACUACUAGUGUCUGCUUCAGAUGAUAACACAAUAAAAUUAUGGGAUGCAAGAAAAAGAAACCCAAUAGCAUCAUUUGACAGCUCAUACCCUGUCACGUCUGUACUAUUCAAUGAUACAGCUGAGAAAAUUAUAUCCGCUGGCAUUGAUAAUGUAAUUAAAGUAUGGGACAUAAGAAAUAAUCAAAUAUCUUAUAAAAUUAAAGGACACACAGAUACUGUUACCGGAAUGGCCCUGUCAUAUGAUGGCUCUUAUCUGCUAUCAAAUUCAAUGGACAAUACACUGAGGAUAUGGGAUGUGAGACCAUUUGCCCCAUCUGAACGCUGUGUCAAAUUGAUGUCUGGACACCAGCACAACUUUGAGAAGAAUCUACUAAGAUGUGCCUGGUCUCCUGAUGGAUCAAAGGUUGCAGCAGGUUCAUCAGACCGAUUCCUGUACAUCUGGGACACCACGUCACGUCGGGUGCUGUACAAACUGCCUGGUCACAACGGUUCAGUCAAUGAUGUCCAUUUCCACCGAUCUGAGCCGAUUAUGUUAUCAGCUUCCAGUGACAAACAAAUAUAUUUAGGAGAAAUAGAUAACUGAAAUACAUUUAUAAAUAAAG